UCGAUCUCUCCGGAUGUAACAUUUGCCUAAAUACCGUGCUGUCUCGUUUGCCUCGACUCACGAGCCUUAUGGGGAUUACUUUCCUCUCACUAACAAAGACAAUUCAGCUCUAAUAUAGUGGAGAGGAGGUUGUUAAUGACCCUCCCAAAAAAAUACCAGCAAAAGAAAAGGACUGUCAGGGGAAAUUUAUGUCGAGCGCAUCACUGGAGAAACGAAGAUUAGGAAUAGUUUACGACUCGAAGUCAGAGUACAUCCUGCCUCCGAAUAGUCCACCCUUCAUCCUCAAAACGCAACCUUCCUCAAAAUUGACUCCGCCUCUAAAAGUUUUGUGUACCUUUUAGGAAGAGUCGGACCUCCACGUCAUACUGAACAAAACAAAAAAAGCCUUUGUUUCGCGAGUUGUUUUUCAAUCCGGCCGAGAGAAUCUUACCUGGAGCUUAACGUACCUGGAAGGAGAACCUGAUCGAUUGUGGUGAAAGAACGUCAACAUGCUUCAACAACUGCUUCAGCCAGAAAACAUGAGCUUACACGAAGAAUUAAUAAAACAGGGAAGCAAAGUCACCUCCAAGCGUUUAGCUACAGAAAAGAAGGGCACGUUCCCCAAAACUGGAGACCCGGGUGAUUUCAACGAUUGGUGGAUGAUGUACAAAGAGGGUAAAAAGAAGAAAAAAAUAGCAAUGGUCAUCAUGGCUUUUCUCUAUCCCAAGGUAACCGGGUACCUGGAUUGGUUCCAAAAGAAAGUGCUGCAGCUGGAGAGCAAAACAAAUUCUCAAGAAGAAGAGAUCGAUUUGCUGAAGCGAAAACUCCAGAAACAGGAAGCAAAAAACAUGCAAUUAACUGAUAAGAUGUCAGAAAUUUCCAGUGAAGUGUUACAGCUCAGGUCCAAAAGAGACUCGCAAAAGAUGAAAAUCACCGCGCUUAAGCAGAGAGUCCAAGAACAGGAAGCAGAAAACAAGCGACUUAAAGAUUACAAGACCACCUUAGAGGACUGCAAUAAUCUGUUAAGACUUCCGGCAACAGUGACUUCCAGCUUGCAGAAACCGCUUCUAUCUCUCCUUGGAGAACUUCCAGACUUGGAGUACUCCAACUCCAACUACAUGUUCUGGGCCAAGAUAAAGAGAUGGCUACUCAAUGGAGAAGUGGCUCCUCAGUGUGUCUUUGAACUUGUCCAAAGAAAAUGCCCUCAGAAAGCUUGGCUGACGAUUGCAGAGAAUUUCGACAACAAAGCCUGGAAGACGGCGGACUUCUCCGACCCGGCGAAGGCAGCAAGACUGCUGGAGAAGCUCUGGAAGUGUGUGUCGAAAGCUCUAGGGCCAGGUACCAACAGGUAUGAAGUGUACUACUACCGGAAACAGGAAGCUGGCGAAACAUUUCAGACGUAUAUCGAAGAGAAGUUCAAGCUGUACUGUUCCUUCGGGGUGGAGAACACAGAGCCGAACAAGAACGACCGGAAUUUUCUCUGCAACGCCUUAGAAAAAGCGGAGAAACGUUAUCAGACCUUCGGGUUGCGGUGUUCUAAAAGCUAUGAUGAGUUGAUGAGUAUGUCCAUGAUCGUUGACAGUAUGCUAACUACAGCGGAGUGGAACAACGAGUGCAUGAACUGCGGCAGAGGAGGUCACACUCAAGCUGAUUGCAGAAGACCGGGAGGGGGCAAAGAGGUCGGACCGGAUCACUGCUAUACAUGUGGGAAGUACGGUCACUGGGCCAGAAAGUGCUUAGCUUAUCAGAAGUAUAUCAGCAAGCGAUGGUAAACUACAAUCGGUUCUGUCACCAUCCAUAUCUCUCCUAUGGCUUAUUCUUACUUAUUAAUAAAUAAAGUGAUAUUAAUAUCCACAUAGAUUUUACAUUUCCUGCUUCGGUGUAUUAGACAAAUGUGUUGAAACGAGUAUCGUUCAUAAACAGCUUCUUUUACCUGGCUAUUAAUCUUUAUUUUGUGAUGAUGAAACCUUUCAAUUGUCAGAUGUUGGUUUUUACCGCAUUUACAGCAGCAUUUGGCAGACGCCCUUAUCCAGAGCGACGUACACAAGUGCUUAAAUCUCUAACACUGAAUAAAUGAAUGCUGGCUCACUAGGUUACAUACUUAAGAUACCAUGAGUUUAAAACAUUUGUUCAAAGUUACAAUGAAAAAGUGUCAAAGGUUUUCAUUUUUUAUUUUUUAAAUGCAAAAGAUAAGGAAAGGAGUGCAAGUUGAGAUGCUUCCUGAAUAAGUAGGUCUUCAACCGCCGCUUGAAAAUAGCCACUCGGCUGUCCGGACCUCUAGGGGAAAGUUCGUUCCACCACCUUGGCGCCAGAACAGAGAAGAGGCUAGUAGUAUACUUGCCUCUUACCCUGAGAGAUGGUGGGACCAGUCGAGUAGUGCUGGUAGACCGGAUGGUGCGGGAUGUAGUGCGAGGAGUGAUGAGGGCUUUUAAAUUGUAUCAGAUAUUUUUAACUGCUUUUCUAGACUGAAAUCUGUAUCCGUAGGAUGACUGCAUCGUUUGUCCUGUUAUGUUAGUGUUAUUUGUACACAGGACACGGUGUCUGCUGUAUGUUUAGUGUGUGGCAAAUAAAAACUAGUCUGACUUUCAGACACCAGCAA